AGGCAAAUCAAAUGCCAUCUUUUUAAAAACUCAUUUUCGAAUAAAAUGUCUUCAUUGUUUAAAGGGAUGUUUUUAACAGGCCUAACCACUCCCAAAACAAUCAACGUUAAUACUUUCGAUACCUAAUUAAUAUGGAUCUUAUAGAGAUGGAAAUGUUAGUGAAUUUGUUGUUUGGAAAUUUGUUAGUGAAUUGAUUAGGUUAGCCUAUUCGUAUAUUGAGCAGUGUUUAGCCUAUCUGAUGUUGUUUUAAAAACAAUUUUCCUCACUUGUAGGCCUAUUUAUAAUACUGUUCUCUCUUAUACAUUUAGUUUAGGUUAAGCCAAUUAAAAUUCGUUGUAGUAGGUUUAUAUUUUCUUUUAAAUCAGAAGUUGGAAAUUAUCUUUGGGGAAACUGAGCAUCUGGAAAAUGUCAAAUGAUAUACAUACUUCAACACUGAUUUUCAAACAUUGGGAUGUUAAUUAGUCAUAGCCUAUGCGUCUUUUUCGAAGGACGAACGUUGAUUAAAUCGGACGUGGCAUUUGUAAAACCAGGCUAACUUCCUAAAAAACACACAUCUCAAGAAAUCCCACAGUAUCCAAAUAAUAUCUCGUGUUUGCUCUAAGAAGAUAAUACCAGUACUGUUAGCCUAUCAGUUACCGGCCGCUGUAUCAAACUCUUUCAAGAUAGUGAGUAAAUGAAAUUUUCAGGGUGCAAACUCCGCCAGAUGAGUCGAUUUCAGCCGGUUUAAUAUUACUUCACUUUAUCCUGAAUCCUUCAGAAUGCCGCGGGCAUGGAGAGUGAGUUCGGACCGACUCUUCCCUGGUUGCUAUUUGUCUGCGCGAGGCCCAGGGUGCCCUUUUGAUCAUUUCAAUCUUUCCUUGGUGCGCUCCUUCUGAUUGGUCGAGGGAGUAAGACGGGGAAAAUCUUUAAUUAAGUAGAUAAUCUCUUGUUGGGAUGAGAGUGGGUCCAUUUCAGAGCCCCCCUCUAGUGAGUCCCACAUGAGUAUCUUAGCAUAUACAGCCAGUGUUGAUUGGGGUUGUGUAUGUAUGUAGGGUAGUAGCUCUCACUAUAUCAUCUAUCCUCAUUUAGAGAGUUGCUGAAUGUGCAUGCCAUCCCUCUAUCCUCUCUCAUCUCUUCUGUCAGGAUGUUCAUGCAUUUGGAGGUCUGUUACUAUAUCUUCAUUUUGAUGACUCACAUGACAAGGUCCUGCUUCAGCUGGUCAGUGAAUAAUUUUCUGAUGACUGGACCUAAGGCUUACCUGAUUUACUCCAGCAGCGUAGCAGCCGGGGCGCAGAGCGGCAUCGAGGAGUGCAAGUACCAGUUUGCCUGGGACCGAUGGAACUGCCCUGAGAGAGCCCUGCAGCUGUCCACACACAGAAGCCUCCGCAGCGCGAACAGGGAGACAGCGUUUGUCCAUGCCAUCAGUUCAGCAGGAGUCAUGUACACUCUGACGAGGAACUGCAGUCUGGGGGACUUUGACAACUGUGGCUGUGAUGACACCAGGAAUGGACAGCGGGGGGGUACAGGCUGGCAGUGGGGGGGCUGCAGUGACAACGUGGGGUUCGGUGAGGCCAUCUCCAAGCAGUUUGUUGACGCGCUGGAGACGGGCCAGGACGCACGGGCCGCCAUGAACCUCCACAACAACGAGGCUGGACGCAAGGCGGUGAAAGGAACCAUGCAGAAGACAUGUAAGUGCCAUGGUGUCUCCGGGUCCUGCACCACACAGACCUGCUGGUUACAGCUACCAGAGUUCCGGGAGGUGGGAAACUACUUGAAGGAGAAGUACCACCGAGCCCUGAAGGUGGACCUGCUCCGGGGGGCCGGGAACAGUGCAGCCAGUCGAGGGGCCAUCGCAGAGACUUUCAGCUCCUUCUCUCGUAAAGAACUGGUCCACCUGGAGGACUCCCCAGACUACUGCCUGGAGAACCGUACUCUGGGUCUGCCUGGCACGGAGGGCAGAGAAUGCCUGAAGAAGGGCAAGAACCUAAACAAGUGGGAGAAGCGGAGCUGCAAGAGGCUGUGUGGGGAGUGUGGUUUAGCCGUGGAGGAGAGGAAGGCGGAGUUGGUGUCGAGUUGCAAUUGUAAGUUCCACUGGUGCUGUGCGGUGAAGUGUGAGCAGUGCCGUAAGACGGUGACCAAGUACUUCUGUGUGAAGAAGGGGGGACAGAGGGGGAAGAACGAGAGUGCUGGGAGCCGUAAGAAGAACCUGAGGCUGAGGAAGAAGCACUGAGCUGCAUCCAUCUUCCUCACCAUCAUCAUCACUGCCAUACAUACGCCUUGUCUUCUCACAAGCUGAUUUUCACAGACCCUCUCAAACGUUUUUACAACAAGCUUUCUGCUUGUAUUCAAAAGACUUAACUGGAAAAUAAUUUAUUGAAUAAGUCAAGUAUUGUUGUUAUCCCAAUCAAAUGUUUAAUAGUGGGGUAGAAAAUGUGUGUAAAAAAACAUGUUGAUAAAACUACAUGAUAGAGAAAAAAUAGAGGGAAACUAUUAGUUGUGUAGAACUGAUGGUAUAAAUGGUAUACAUAUAUUUAAAAGUAUUUUUUUUAAACUUUUUCCCCCAAUUAUAUAUAUUAUUAUGAGUCAUUGGGCAUUUAAAGCAUGUUAAAUACGGCCGCACUCAAUAAUCUCCUUCAUACCUGAUAUCUUGAACAACUCUUCCUUAAUGGUCCGUCAACGGUAAACCUCAACAGCAUCUUAUUUAUUGUCAUAAGUACCACCAAUGAGCUACGCCAUUUCCGAUUGGUCAGUUUAUCAAACAUUCCUUCCUGUCAUGAUGACCAAGCUCUCUCUACCUGUGACAGUGCCUGAGAUCGAAGCAUCCCAGUAGUUUGUUCAAGCAUGUACCACAACAGAUAUUCAGAUUAUAGGUUUGAAAAACAAGAAGAGACUUCGGGGUGCAUUCCUCUCGUCCAAUCCCUUGCCCUGCCCUCCCCAGCCCAGCCUUACCUUGAGGAUGUAUUUAAUUGUAAAUAAAAUGAUGCACUUUGUUCGGUAUAUUGUUUAUUUAUUGCACAGUUUUUUCCUUAGUUUUUGCUUUAUUCAUAGUUGCUUUCAUGGUUGUUAUUAUUUUCUAUAAA